AUGGCGGGCCUGACUAGGGAGAAUGUUCGUCCACUGCUCCGCUCUGUAAAUGGGAAGCGCCAUGCGACCGACGAUGAUCACGAAGAGCCGGCAGGAAAGCGACGAGCGGACAACAAGACAGUUCCUGCAAAGCAACAAGAAGAAAUCGAUAUCAAUGCCGAUCCACUAUCCUCCGACGAUGAAUUACGUGCUCCCCCACCACGACCAGCCAAGUCCUUGAAACCCACUAUGCCAGCACCUCGCAAUGAGGAUACAGAAUUGAAGAGACCCCAGAGGAAGCCAGCAAAGAAAGGCGCAUCAAUACGGCCACCAACCAGGGGUUCGUAUAAAAGCAGUCAAGAACUCAAAGCUGGCGAUGGGCAAACUGAUGACAAGGAGAAUACGCUUGCAUCUUCUCAAGCAUCAGCGAGCGAUGGGCCAAUCCAGUGGGGUAUGGAACACGUCUCUCAGAAGAAUAACAGGAAUGCAAAAGGAUAUGGUUCAAAAAUAAAAAACAUACACGCACCAGCACCAAAGAAGUUUGGGAAGGGUCCAGCCAAGCCUGCUGUGCGAACAUAUGGAUCAGCAAUUCAAUCAAAGGGCAAGCAACCGAGCCAGGAUUCUGAUAGUGACUCGAGUGUCUCCAUGUUGAAUGACGAUGAGCUGCAAGACCUCGCGGAAGAACUGGGUGAGCCUAAUUUAUCUGACGACGACGAUUUACGGAGAUCCAAGAAAGCCGCAAAAUCAGCCCAACUACUAAAACAACUCAACUCCUGGAAAGAAAACAACGAUCCCCCCUCUUCCCAACCCGACUCAAGCGCCGCCCAAGACCACCUCAACGAAGUAAGCAGCUACAUCGAACGCCUCCCAGAGAUCGAAGAAGAAGGCACCCGCUGCCCCCUCUGCAACCACCCCGUCUCCCCCACCGACUACUGGCCCUUCUGGACCUCCAAAUCCAAAACCGUAAAACACAAAUCCGCAUUCUGCCACUUGCACAAAAAGCUCUCCGCACAACAAUCCUACACCUCCACCGGCUAUCCCCCAAUAAAUUGGAGUAUCCUCCCCCGCCGCCUCAAAUCCCACAAGUCUACCCUCCGCCAAAUCUUACGAAACGAGCGCCCCAGCCCCCACCGAUCCCGCUACGAACCUCUCGCUCUAACAGGAAAAGCAUCAUCCAUCCCCUCCAAACGCACAGAUCUCUCACCCUCUCACCAAGCAGAACUCGAAUCCUACGCCCUAGAUGACCGCGCCGCCUACCCGGGCUACUACGGUCCCCACGGCCGCCGCCUCAUCACCGAGAACAUACUCGAUCUUCUCAAAGAAGACAUCAAGACCUGCAGUGAUGCGGUUGUCCAGGCAUCCGGGGUUGCGGCGUUUGUGCAGCAGGUUAUGGUGCCCGAGGCCGCGGUCCUGCUUAUUAUGGAGGAUUGUGGCGUGGGCUGGGAGGAGGCGGAGGAGGUGAGGGAGGAGACUUAUGAAAUGGGGGUGCUGGUUCAUGAGGAGAUUGAGGAUGAGGUUGUGGCGGUGGAGAGUGAGGAGGAUGAGGAGUAUUAG